GCAUUUUUCCCAAACAAAACGAAUACGUACUAGGUUACCUAGUUUUUCCGGUGGGUCAUUUAAUAGAAUUAUCUGUCGCAUUCAUUUUGGCAUCGCAUCUAAUCUACGACGACGAACCCACGAGUCUGGAUGAUGAGAAUCGUCCUUACCGCUUUAACAUAGAAGUGGAACAUCCGUGUCCUGAUUGAGCCCCUUACCUAUAAUGACAAGUAGUUUGAGAGUGAUGGGAAAAGUUACGCUUCGAUCUCUGUUUUCAGAAGCCGGACAUGGAGGGAGAAGAUGAUGGUGGCCAUGCUUUUGUAAAUUGUUUUGAAGAUUGAGAACGGACUGUUAUGGAUUUAUCGAGCUCGAGUUUUUUCACGGUGAGUGAACGGAUCUGUGCCGCAUUUAUACCACUAAUUGCGGUUGUAGAGGCUUUGAUUCUGGCGAUGACUAGGUGCUUCGAUUGUUCUACUGAGAGUCAGAAGGGUCUCCGUCGCUACGAUGAUCUUUCCCUACUGGCUAGUGAAACUAGAUUUUCUAUAAAUGAAGUGGAAGCGUUGCAUGAGCUUUUCAAGAAGUUGAGUAGUUCGAUUAUUGACGAUGGAUUGAUUCACAAGGAGGAGCUUCAGUUGGCACUUCUUAAAAGUCCAUAUGGCGAGAACCUCUUUCUGGACCGGGUUUUUGAUCUUUUUGAUGAAAAGAGAAAUGGAGUGAUUGAGUUUGAUGAAUUUGUUCAUGCUCUUAGCAUCUUCCAUCCCCAUGCACCUAUGGAGGAGAAACGUGAUUUUGUGUUUAAGCUGUAUGAUUUGAGGCAAACUGGGUUCAUCGAACGUGAAGAAGUUAAGCAAAUGGUUAUUGCAAUCUUAAUGGAAUCUGACAUGAGGUUACCGGAUGAACUUCUCGAAGCGAUUCUCGACAAGACAUUUGCUGAUGCUGAUACCGAUAAGGAUGGAAGAAUCAGCAAGGAAGAAUGGAAGGUUUUUGUGAAUAAACAUCCAUCUCUCUUGAAAAAUAUGACUCUUCCUUAUUUAAAAGACAUAACGACAGUAUUUCCUAGUUUCGUUUUCAACACUGAGGUUGAAGAUUAGAAAUUUCAUCACCUUGAUGUCGAGGGAGCCACUUUUGCAAUGUUGAAUGGAAAUCGGUUGAAUUAGCUUUAUGAGAAGCUACAAAAUGUGGCUGGCCAAUGUCGAUUAUAAAUGAGGAAGCAUGCAUUCUUCGAGGAUCCAAACUAUUGGAAGACUGCAUUGUAAUUUGUACAGUAGUUAGUCACAUUUUCCUGGCUUUGUGUAUUUGUUCUAGCCAGCACUCUACCACUUUUAUUCUUUUUUGUAUGGGUGGGUUAAUUUUCUAGAACAGGAACAUGAAGCUGAAAUUACUUAUCAAUGUAUUGAAUCUGCACUUUCAAUAUAUUUCUGACUUCAACUUUGUCUUC